AAUGUGUCCCCUGAGAUAUAACCGUGUAAUUUCAUCUUCUUUUCUCAGUUGCUCGCGGACUUCGUCCGAUUCGGGAUCACCGAGAGGAUAUUUGCAAAGAUGUCACUUGGUUCACUUCUAAUCCAUCGCGGCUUGCUUUUCGCCAUUGUUCUAACAUGGGUGCAGUAUCCCGCUGUGGAAGCUGACUCCUUCAACGUUAUUGAAAAGCUUCACGAAAAUCUCCUAGAAUCAUACAACAAACAAAUUCGUCCAGUAAUGAAUCACACCCAGGCGGUCAACCUUCAAGCCGGUUUGACACUCACCAACUUUGAUUUCGAUGAAUCACUAUCGAAAUUUUCAGCAAAAGGAUUCUUUUAUAUGGAAUGGAAAGAUCCCCGUUUUAUGUGGUCUCCUGCAGAUUACGAGGGGUUAAAAAGUAUCCAUUUGCCUAGCGAAAAAGUAUGGAAACCGGAUCUUGAAGUUUACAAUUCAUACGGAACGCUGUCUGAUGAUCGCAGUUUUGCUGCUAACGAUGUGUUAAUCACUUCCGAUGGCACCGUUAUUUUCGUCCCCAUAAGCAAGCUAGAUUCGAUCUGCAUCUCUGAUGCGACUUUGUAUCCAUUCGAUAGCGUAACAUGUACGACAAUUAUUGGCUCAUGGACACAUAACGCAUAUGAAAUCAACAUAAACACAAGGAAAAAUACAACCACGGUGGAUGUCCAAGAUCUAACAAGCCGAAGGAUGCUUCAGUGGAAUUUGAUGUCGACAAAUGCAUCCAUAGAAGUCAAAGUAUACGACUGCUGUCCCGAACCCUAUGCAAAUCUGCGGCUAAGCUUUACCAUGCAGAGAUCGUUGUCGGCGUCUUCGGCUGUCAUUACGCCAACUGUCGUAAUCGCGAUCCUCACCCUGGCAAUUUUCUUCAUACCCCCCGCGGUUGGUGCUAAGCUUGUCGUUGGAGUAUUAAAUGUGGUUGUCCACUGCAUCUUCUUAUUAUAUUUGAAAACGAUAUUGCCGUCCGGAAGUAUCAACACGCCCGUCAUUGUCUCCUUCUAUAGUGGCUCAUUGGUUGCAGCGAUGUUUUCCGUUUUGUUUACCAUUUUGUCUCUACGUUGGACUCGAUUUCCAAAAUUAAUUCCACCACCGGCUCUGAUUCAAAACUGCCUAACCGGCCGAGUUGGCAUUUUGCUUGGCGUUGAACAUAAGUAUUCUAGCAACCGUUUUGCACAAAAGGAGCUUAUUGAGAAAAAUUCCCAGCAGUUUGUUUCAAAUGAUUCGGAAUCUCGGGAUGUCGAGAUUCAACAGGAAUGGCUCAGCGUUUGUUUAGCACUGGAUCGCAUCAUGGUAUUCAUCUAUUGCACUUUUAUGGCAGUCUCGAUUUCCAGUUUCCUGUGUUGAAUUAAUUCACCUUCUGAGGGAAGCUUCUACAUCCGUGUCCUUACUGUCCCAUAAUAUCUUUUAUUGACGCUUUUACUUUAGAUUUGGGCUAUAGCAAUAUUCAAAAUCAAUAAUACCUUAACACGCUUAAGUUUUGGGACGGGCGAGCACACAAGGACAAAGUUACAAUUAUGUUAGCUCUUUAAUUUGGCAAUACAAAUUGAAUCUCAACUUA